AUCCCGCCACAGCGGCAACUCUCAACCAACGUUCGUUGGAUAAACAGAAUAUGCUCAAAGAGAGACGACAAGGCUAUUUUUAAAUCAACGAGUCUGCGUGCUCUUGCACUUUGGCAUUGUCACUUUAAACACGCUUAAAACAAGAAUAACUUAUGUUCUGUUGGAACAACCAGCAUCAUGUGAGUCUCAGAUCCAAAAUCAUGUGAUGGACCGAUAUUCGAUCAGGAAAUCUUCUAUGCGUAAAUAUCAAUAUCAUAAGAAUUGUAGACAAACAUAUUUGUUUCUCUAGACCAAGGUGAAUUGUGAAGACACGAUGACUAUUGAAAAGACAGUACGAUCAACAUUAAGUAUUGCAACUUUAGCCUUUUUUUUUACAAUCGAAUGCUAUAACUUUGUCACAGUUCUAGGCAAUCCAAAUUCUCGUAUUGUACAUACGAAAUAUGGGCCCGUAAGAGGCUUCAUACAUAUAUUUCCAAAGAAACAACUCAGGUCAGUGGAAGUGUUUCUCGGUAUUCCUUUCGCCAGUGCCCCUGUAGGGUCUCUUCGUUUCAUGCCGCCUGUCACCCCUGCUCCCUGGAGAGGAAUUUGGAGAGCCGAUCAGUUUGGCCCCGUCUGUCCUCAGAAAUAUCCCGAAAUCCAGAACACCACAACGGCCCUGAAAAGCAUGACACCGGGACGUCUGGCUUACUUUCAACGCAUCCUACCUCUCCUGCAGAACCAGAGCGAAGACUGUUUGUUUUUAAACGUUUACUCUCCAAGACGUCACAGAAAUACGUCAAGAGUUCCAGUAAUCGUUGUGAUUCAUGGGGAUUCCUACGAAUGGUAUUCUGGGAACAUCUAUGAUGGCAGUGUGCUUGCUAGUGCUGCUGACGUCAUUGUUAUCACUUUAAACUUUCGACUAGGAGUGUUAGGAUUUCUGCCGUCACUAACUGGAGCAGCCCGUGGAAACUAUGGACUUAUGGAUCAAGUAGCGGCUUUGCACUGGAUCAGAGAAAAUAUCGCAGAAUUUGGUGGCACCAUUGACAACAUUACUCUUCUAGGUCACGGUCACGGAGCAGCCCUCGUGAACUUACUGAUGUUGUCCCCUAUGGCUAAAGGGCUUUUCUCACGAGUAAUCCUGCAGAGUGGAUCGGCUCUCAGCCCGUGGGCCAUGGCCUCAGAAUCCCCGACAUAUACGAGACACCUGGCUCUAAUUCUUGGAUGUCCAGUGGACAAUCACGUGUUAAUGGUGGCCUGUAUGAGACAGCGACCUUUAUCCGACAUAAUGAGGGUCCAACUGCUUGUUCCCAAACACCUAACAGGUUUCGGUCCAACUGUAGAUGGAAUUGUAAUCCCAAACGAACCAGAAAUGCUCUUAAGGAACUACAGCUAUCUUCAUAGCCAAUAUGAACUUUUAAUUGGAGUUACUAGGAAUGAGUUCUACCACCAUUUUUCUACAAUUGAUGAAAAAUAUGGUAUAGAGCCAGAUCGAAGAGAUAAGCUUUUGCGCACUCUUGUUAGAAAUGUUUAUACUCAUCACCUCCAAGAGAUCUUUCUUACAAUUGUUAACGAAUACACAGACUGGACUAAAACUGUGCAGCAUCCAGUGAACAUACUCCGCAAUACAGCCAGCGCCUUAGGUGAUGCGCUAAUUGUAGCUCCCGCCAUUCGCGUCGCGAACUAUCACUCUAAAGUCAACGACAGAACAUUUCUGUACGUCUUUGGUCACCACACCGAACAUGGAAAUUAUCCCGGAAAGUUUGGAUGUGUACAUGGUGAGGAGCUGCCCUAUGUAUUCGGUGCACCUCUCGUUGAUGGAAACUUGUCGUAUUUCCAGUACAACUUCAGUCAUGCCGAGCAGACUUUGUCAAUGGCUGUUAUGACGUAUUGGACGAAUUUCGCAAAGUAUGGAAAUCCAAAUUUUCCUUUUCAUCGCCGUGAUCUAGCUGAAGGGAAACUAAUUAAUCGCUUUGAUCGCAUCGAAUGGCCACUAUAUGACGCUCUCCAACAAAAGUACCUUAUCAUUGGAAUGAAACCGAAAGUUCGUGACCACUACCACGCCCACCGCAUGUCGCUAUGGCUUCAUCUUAUUCCGAAGCUGGACAGAAAUGACAUUGGUGUCCCGGCCUAUCAUCAUCUUCUAGAUGACCAUGAUAACGCAAAUUUGUACGACGGCAUCGUUCGACAUGUGGUAAUUCCUACCAGUUUUUCAUUAACCACAACAACUAUCCCCAUACCUCCAAGAUUCCCUAUUCCAACUUUAUCUGAGGUGUGGAAUAUCAGCGAAAGCACUGAGCCGACUGCAAAUGAUGUCUUUACGACAAUGACCCCUGAUGAGAUCUUGAAUUACGCCUUUUCUACAAGCAUUUCUGACACAACGGCCGUCGUUUUGCAGAAUACAAAUUAUUCAACAGCCCUAAGUGUCACUAUCGCUGUAGGAUGUUCACUUCUUGUUCUAAAUGUCCUCGUAUUUGCUGGUGUAUUUUAUCAGAGAGACAGGUAUAAGAUUGAGGGUAAACUCCAGAGGAGGAAUUACAAGGUAAAAACUCCAAAUCAACACCUGGAAAUUCCACAAAGACAAAAAGAGACGACACGAGAAACCCCGACUGUUCCUGGCACUCCUAAAAAUGGUCACUCCCCGACUGUUCCUGGCACUCCUAAAAAUGGUCACUCCCCGACUAAGUUCUCAAUUCAGGUUCAUCAUAAAGAGAGGCCAACUCCAGAGGUUCAUUUUUUAAUGCAUCGUGACGGACGCAUGGUUUCCACUCCUCCCAGACCUAAAAAGCAGGAGAAGAAGCUGUAAUUAUCUACCAUAUUUUGAAUAUAUUAUGUGUAUUCCAAAAAAAGUAAACUUCUUGAAUAUAUUAUGUGUAUUCCUAAGAAAAAGUAAACUAAGUUUACAAUUAUGCCCUCUCAGUGGGAUGGGACUUUAAACUAUCUCCCGUUGAAUAGGCUAACGAUUUCACAUAACUGUGGGGAUAUCUGAGAGUAACAGUGUCACCGUAAUUUUACUUGCUGGUAGGGAAUCCUGGGGGUAACCUUCAUCUAACUCAUCUUAGAGGAACUGCUAAUAUGAAAAUAAUAUAUGAAAUAUUAUUUUUUUAA